AUGCUGCCCAUCAACACGAUGGUUCAUCGUGUAAAGAUUAAAAUACAGGGUGAAUGGAAAAGAGGAUUCGUAACUUCUAGGUUAGACAGUACUCGCCGAAACGUGAAAAAAAGUUCUAGUGAAUAGAAGAGUACAAAAAUUAAUAAAAGUUUCAAAGUUACGAGCGAUUUUUUUAUCGACUGAAGAAACGAAUUUCUUCGUUUCGAAGAGCAGUCAUACUGUACGUAAGUAGUGGUUUACUUUAUAAUUUCUUCUUUUUUCUAAUUACAGGAAAUUUCCAUUUCUAUGAAUGCUUGACACCUUCAUAUUAAAGAAUCUCUCAAAAAUCGUGUGGGUGUGUACUAAUCUUUUUCACAAGCAUUUCAAUCGAAACAAAAAAUCGUUUGAAACUAUUAAUUUUUCGACCUAUGUUUAUUAAGAUUUUUUUUCCAUAUUUCGGCGAAUACUAUCUAUUUAACCUAAAAGUUAUGAACCCUUUUCUCUAUACACCUUCAAACAACUGAGCUUGGUAUGUUGGAAUAAAACAUAGUUUGAAUUCUUUAAUCCUUUUGAUAUUAACGUAGUAGAAGAAUAAACUACGUUGUUACGAUAUUACAUUUUACUAAUAUUCUGAUAUUUAUGGUAUCGUUUGUCACAUCUUGGUUUCCUUUCUUUCUCGUCACGCAAUGGUGCAUAAUCCAAUUUAAGAUGUCUAAGUUUCCAGUCAACAAAAAUUCUUUAGGUUUGAAAACGUAGGCUUGUUUCAUUAAUUCUUCCAUAUGUACAUAUAUAAACAAACGUGUACCGUUAUAUAAAAUAAUUAGAAUUAUUAAUAGAAUUAUUAUAUAAAAAAAUAAUUAUAUUAUAUUAAAUUAUUACAUAUAAAAUAAAAAUUAUCAGUACAUAAAAUACACUAAAUAUACAAGUUAAUAAGUUAUGUAAAAUCUAUAAAUUACUACAAAAUGUAAAUUACUAUUAUACAAAAUAAGCAACACGUAAAUUACUACAUAUAAAACAUAAAUUAUUAUUACUACACAAAAUAAACAGUACGUACAUACAAAGUAUAAAUUAUCGUUGUACAAAGUAAACAGUAUAUAAAGUGAAUCACACGAUUAUUUAUUGACCAUUGUGAGAUCUAUAUAGAGCGAAGGGUGUAUGUAAUUCCGAGAAAUGUGUUGACCAGGUUGCGAAUCAAGGUUGCGUAUAUUCUCUAGUGCCGGACAACUCGACAGCCGGGGGAAACGGUCACGGUUAUUUACUCACCUGUACGUUUGGUGUUGAAGUGACCGUAGAAUCGACUCAGGUCGAUCGCCAUGACGGCACGGGGGAGAACAAGGCAGGCACUCAGGGCGAGGCUGAGCGCAGCCACGCUAGUGCAGAACCUCUGAACCAUUCUCAGCCGGCGACGAGUUGGACUGUUCCCUCGAGAGAAGACUUUAGCAGAAGGACAAUAAUAUUGUUCAAUCACAUCAGCUGUUACAACAAUAACAGAAGUGGGAGAAACGGAAUUUGUUUAGAAAUGGAAGUAAUAGAUGACAAAUUGUGAGAAGAUAUCGGCGCUAUUUGUGAAGAUAGCAACAUUUGAAAGUCUACGACUGAUACAAACCUGCAAUUCCCGCGGAAAAACUUCAUACUCUAUAUAACCUGAAAAAAGGUAUUGAUAUACGCGCGUACGCGAUCAAGGCGUACGCAAUGUGCAAGCAAUAGAUCUGACGUGCUUGUUUCUAAGAUGGGGUUAGCUGAAUAAUUAUCGAGAAAUGCGAAUGCCAAUUGCUUCAUCGGUCGGACGAACGGAAACAGCGAGAUACCGAGUAAACAGAUGAAAAUGUACUUGACGGAGUUUUGAAGGAAUUUUCGAACAGUAUGGAGGAUUUAAAAUACAAAUUUUUUGGCUUGAUCAAUAAACAGAAUGCAACGAAAAUCCCAUUGAUGGGUUUGCAUCCGGAUUUACUUAAUCCAUUAGAAUCUCAGAAAUCGGAUGACGUACAAUCAGAGGCCGAUCAAUCAACAGAAAGCGAACCUAUCCCUGAUCAAGAUAUAUUGGAAUCUAUAGAAGGGAUUUAUUUCAAGACAGAUCAUACUUUUGAUGCUGGUAGACAUGAGUUAGAGAAACUGCCGAAGAUAUUGCAAUCUAAGGAGAUUGAGAAAUGCUACAAGAAACUAAAGCAGCAGCAUCAGGUCGUUUCGAAGAAAGUGCUGCAACUUAUCUUGCAAAAGCAGAACGCUUGCAACGUAGAGUUCGACAAGAUUUUAUUGAUACAAGAAGAGUUGCAAGACAUGUUAGAGAUAUGCAGAAUGGGAAGAGCAGAUUUGAAACUGGCUGAAAGGCAAUUUACCACAGCUAGUUUGGGAAUAUUGGCGAAUUAUAAGAAAAGACAGAUCAUAGAAGAAUUAUUGAAUAACUUGAAUACUAUAAAAACAUUGCAACGUACGGGAGACAGGUUACAAGAGUUGUUGAACGAAAAGAAUUAUCCCAGAGCAAUUUCGUUACUCUUAGAAUGUCAGAGUGCUGCACAAACGUAUAAACACUUUCAUUGUAUUGCGGCUUUAAAUGGAAAAUUGCAAGAUAUUUUGGAACAAGCAGAGGAAGCCCUGGACGUUACAUUGUCAAAGAUGUGCACACAAUUUGACGUAACAACGUACACAUCCAUUCAAGAAGCUUACACUCUACUAGGAAAAACUCAGUCCGCGAUGGAUCAAUUACAUAUGCAUUUUACUGCUGCGAUUCACAACACUGCUUUUGCAGCCGUUCAUUCGUACGCGGGUGGAGAUACGAAAAGACAAUAUAAACAACUUUGUCAGUCAGUGCCCCGUGAAAAUUGCGUUGCUUGUCUAACAGAAUUGUGUAAAUCGUUGUGGACAAUAUUAAGCUCUUAUUAUUUGGUAGUAAACUGGCAUAACACGCAAGAAAGCAAAGUUAAGUUCAAAGCCGAUAUGAAAGAUCUAGAGGAAACUUUUAGCAAGCAAUAUGUAAAGCAUAAAUUAGAGAAUAGUAUGAUUCGUGUAUGGCACGAUGUUGAAAUGAAGAUAUCCAUAUUUUUAAUGAAUGCUGAUCUAACUUAUAUUAAAUUCGAACAGUUCGUUCAAGUUUUAGGUACAGUUAACAGAUUAAUGGAAAUUGGAGAAGAGUUGUGUGGCUUUAAGUCAGAAAAUCUACAAGAAUCUAUAAGGAAACAAUCGUUGUCCUAUUUCUCUCAUUAUCACGUGUCAAGGUUAGACGAACUUAGAAUAUUUUUGGAAAACGAUGGGUGGGAAUUGUGUCCCGUUAAAUCUAACUUCGUGGCAACUCAAUUGCAAGAAUUUAAGAGUUUAAAACCAUCGCUGAACAAUUGCAAAGUGUGGAAUUUUGAUAACUCUAACGCCGGUGAAAAUGAUAGCCCCAUAAGUAUAGAAUGGAUUCAAAAGUAUUUAGAGGGGAGUGCAUCUCCAUUCUCUAUAGGUUUAGACGACACUAUGGACGAAGAUAUUUUGAUAAGUAAUGAAGACAAUCCUCCAGCUUAUUUUUCUGAUGAAUCGGACGACGACAUUCCUGAUGAAUUAAAACACGAGUAUGUCGACGAUUCGGAUCAUAUCAAGACAAAUAAAAAGAAAUGUAAAUUAAAGCAAUCAGGGCCCAUGGUUACAAACACAACGCUAAGUAUAUUGCGUGUUUGUGGAAAGUAUCUGCAGAUGUCUAGAUUAUUACGAUCAAUCGCGGUUACUGUUAUACAAAGUAUGAUACAGUUUUACGAGUUAUGUUUUUAUACUGUACAUUUGUUUUUCACAUCAGAUUUGCAAAUAAACAGCGAUUCCUUAUACAGUCCAAAACUGAAACUAUCUCUGGCAAGAAUCAAGGAGAACUUGAUCAUGUGUGAGAAUGAUACAGAAGAUAAUAUUAAGUUAAAUUCGGAUAAAGUACGACAGCCACAGCUCUCUUCCAUUGUAAAUUUAUCGCAGCCGGAAAAGCUUUAUGGUUUAACCGAACGUAUCGUAGGAGUGGAAUCUUUGAUAUUUUUAGGUCGGCAAUACGAAAAUUUAAAGCCGUACUUGGAACAUCUCAUCGGCGCCAGCCCACAACGCGGUUUUCUUCAUCAAUUUUAUAUGCAAACGAUAGCAUCGACCGUAGACUUGAGGAAACCGGUAUACAUGGCGGUUGCGUCGCAAGCGUUCGACGUUGCAAAUAUAUUAAAUUUAAUGAACAAAGUUAAUUGGGAAGUGACGGAUGUCAUGUCUCAACAUAGUGGAUAUAUCGAUGCAUUGCUUCAAGAAAUAUACGUUUUAAACGAAAGAUUGAAGAACAUUGGAAGUUGUCUCUCUUUAGCAGACGAUGUAUAUAACGCUGUUUGGGAGAAUGUGGCACAUCUGAUAACUCAUACAUUGGUAGAGGGAUUUUCUAAUACUAAAAAGUGUUCAAACGGAGGUAGAGCGCUGAUGCAACUCGACUUUACACAAUUAAAGUCGAAAUUCGAAGCAUUAACUUCUUUAAGGCCAAUGCCUCACAGAGAAUAUGUUGAGUUAUAUAUUAAAGCUUACUAUCUUCCAGAAAAUAGUUUAGAAGAGUGGAUAAGGGAACACAAGGAAUAUUCUGUAAAACAUUUAAUUGGUUUAGUUUCUUCGGCUUGUCAAAAUAAUAAGAAAACUCGGCAGCGUUUAAUUGCAUUCGUAGAAGAACAACGACCUGGUAGAUAGCAUAGGGCUAUACACUAUAAUACAUCUCAAGAUUAUAUCGAAAUAGGAAUUGCAUAAAAAACGAAAAAGAAAACAAAACGGAUAGAGAUGUUUAGAGAUAAUUUGGAAAAAAAUGUAUUUUCUUCGUGUACAUACUCGGGGACUUUUACUAUAUCACUAAAGUAAGCAAGCCCACAUUUUUUCAUGACAUUUUCAUUUAUUCAGUGCACGUAUUAAAUCCAUUGAUAUGAACAUUUUAAAAACACAUGUUCACAAACAUGUUUGUAAAAUCGAAGCAGUAUGUGAUAAAGUACGAAAUAUUUUACUUACUUUUAUUGACAGUGAUGUACGUCAAUAAAGUAUAAGUAAUAUCGGUUCAAAGGAAUCUCAUAUCGAAAUUUAUAAUUUUAAUUCGAAUUCGUAGAGUAUUAUUAUUACAAUUAAUAAUUACAAACUUUUCACAUUGUAUUAAUAAUAUAUAUAUAUAUAUA